CAGAACACUUCACGCCUCCUAGCAACUCCCAAAUAAACUCCGAAAAACCUGGUCGCUGUCGCUGUUGAGGAUUAAUUAGAUCAGAAGCGACAUUAAACUCGUUAUUAAGCACUUUAGUUUUAUAUUCGGCGAUCGUUUGAUGCAUACGUUUGUUUGUUCUUUGUAAGGCGGAACCCGAGAUUGGGAGUCCAGAGAUCCAGUCGGACGCAUUCAAAGCAGAAUAAACUGUGUAUGGUGUGGUUUCAUUUGAGCUAAAACUGCAGGAUUAUGUUCAAAAACACGUUUCAGAGCGGCUUUCUGUCCAUCCUCUACAGCAUCGGCAGCAAACCCCUGCAGAUCUGGGACAAAAAGGUCAGAAACGGACACAUAAAGCGCAUCACAGACAAUGACAUCCAGUCUUUGGUUCUUGAGGUGGAGGGGACGAAUGUGAGCACCACCUACAUCACGUGUCCUGCAGACCCCAAGAAAACCCUCGGCAUCAAACUGCCCUUCCUCGUCAUGAUCAUCAAGAACCUCAAGAAGUAUUUCACAUUCGAAGUUCAGGUGCUGGACGAUAAAAACGUGCGGCGGAGGUUCAGGGCGAGUAACUAUCAGAGCACGACCCGCGUGAAGCCCUUCAUCUGCACGAUGCCUAUGCGGCUGGACGAUGGCUGGAAUCAGAUCCAGUUCAACCUGUCAGAUUUCACACGCCGGGCAUACGGCACCAACUACAUCGAGACGCUGAGAGUGCAGAUUCACGCAAACUGUCGCAUCAGGAGGGUGUAUUUCUCUGACCGGCUGUACUCUGAGGACGAGCUCCCCGCUGAAUUUAAACUCUAUUUACCAGUACAAAACAAAGCAAAGCAGUGACAGCAGACUGGAUUCCUUCAUUUCCUCUCUCUGUUUUAUCUGCACAUGUUCAUACUGGAUGGAUUUCUAGUGGCACUAUCUUUGUUGUUUUUCAAGUGUUGUUUUGGAACUGUGAUUGGUUUCCAUCUGCUGAAUAAAUAUUUUAUAUGCACAAAGUGAA